UUUAUUUGACAGACGUUCAAUUUUUGGAGGAUAUUUAUAAUAAAUAAGUAAAAUAUUAUCCCAGUUUUCGAUAAUUAGUAAUUUCAAAAAUUUUAUACAAGUAAAAUUAUUUGAAUUUGAAAUUAAUUAUUGACAUUUGAAAUAAAAUAAUACGCUGUAAUUAAUUGAAAUUUAAAAAAUUUUCAAAAUACUGAACUUGUAAAUAAAAUAUUUUGAAAAAUUUGAAUUAAUUUUCCGAUAUAAUAAUCAGCCAAAAUGGGAGAACGUAAAGGAACAAAUUUAUAUUACCCACCGGAUUAUGAUCCGCGUGUGGGUGGACUCAAUAAAUUCAUGGGUACCCAUGCACUGCGUGAGCGUGCACGUAAAUUACACAUGGGGAUACUUAUCAUCCGAUUUGAAAUGCCAUUCAACAUAUGGUGUAAUGGAUGUAAUAAUCAUAUUGGUAUGGGAGUGCGUUACAAUGCCGAGAAAAAAAAAAUUGGAAUGUACUACAGCACGCCGCUCUAUCAAUUUCGUAUGAAAUGCCAUUUGUGCGACAAUCAUUUUGAAAUAAAAACUGAUCCAGCUAAUUUAACUUAUAUAGUAGAAAGUGGAGCACGUCGUCAAGAAAAUCGCUGGGAUCCAACAGAAAAUGAACAAGUUGUACCAGAAGAAAAAGAAGUAUCAAGAAGACUCUAUGAUGACCCGAUGUUUAAAUUGGAACACUCAAUGGAUGAUAAAAAGAAAGCUAAAUCUAAAGACACAACGUUGAGCAGCUUAAUUGCUAAUAAUGAACAAUUCAAAGACGAUUAUGCAUUAAAUUCAUCAUUACGCGCGGCAUUUAGAGAAAAAAAAAAAGAAUUGCAAGAACGUAAAAGUUUAUCAUCUAAACUGGGCUUAGUGCAGGUUAAUUUGGUUGAUGAACAUGACGAAGACAUCAAAUUAGCAAAAUUACUAAUGCACAGUAAAAAAAGUGAUGGUAAAAAAAAAUCAAUUUAUUCUCCAUUAAAAAAACUCGUAAAUUCUAGUCAUGUUCAUAAAAUGAAAAAACAAAUGGCACCGUCGGCCUCGACGAGUCUCGUUAAAAAAAUUAAAAAUCAACGCAUUCAGGACAAAGUAUCCAGCUCAUCUUCGGGUACUAAUUUAACCGCAAGUACUUCAUUAGUUAAUUACGACUCAUCUUCCAGUUCUGACAACACGUAAUUUUGUUUUGUGAAUCAGCAGAUGUUUUUUUUUUAAUAUAUAAAUUUUAUUUAUAAUACUUUUUACAAUAAAAAAUUGUACUCAGUAAUCUGAGGUUAACAUCAUUAACAAUUAAUUAUUUAU